CACUAUCAAAAUUGGUGCAGAKGCAAAUCGCAACUGUCACUURUAAAUCUAUGAUUCCAGAGUUGCCGUACAGAAUUGACGAUUCCGAAAAAUGAGUAACGAAACAACCGAAACAACGGUCCAAGAUGAAAAGGGAGCAAUAGAACAGAAAGGAGCUGUCGAAGAGACUUCUGGCUCUGUUGCUGUCGUUGAUGGUGCCGGCGGCAAAAAGAGAAAGAGCAGCAACUCUCGCAUUGCUCCUAUUACAAGCGAAGGAGAUAUGCCCCAAAAGAAAUAUUACCGCCAACGGGCUCACUGUAACCCACUUUCCCACAACGACAAUUUCCAGUACCCCCUUCGACCUGACAAAAUGGAUUGGACAGAAGAACAUUAUCCAGGUUGGGAAAAAUACAAGCCGUCCGGUACAACGGCAGAUGCGGUCGUUCCAACUGUGUUGGAUAUUGGAUGUGGGUUUGGAGGUUUAACUGUUGCUCUGGCUACGAUCCUACCGAACGAAACUAUUUUAGGCAUGGAAAUUCGAGCCAAAGUGACCGAGUUUGUUCGGCUUCGGCUUCUGGCAUUGCGCAAGGAAGUUCCUGGAUCGUAUGAGAACGCGAGUGUCAUGAGGACGAAUUCAAUGAAAUUCCUCCCCAACUACUUUCGAAAGGGUUGUCUCAACAAGCUAUUUUUUUGCUUCCCUGAUCCUCAUUUCAAACGCAAGAAUCAUCCAAGGCGAAUUGUCUCGGAACGCUUAUUAUCCGAAUACGCCUACUUCUUGGCGCCUGGUGGAAAACUCUACUGUAUCACAGAUGUGAAGGAACUACAUGAGUGGCAUGUGGCUAAAUGCGAUGCUCAUCCUCUCUUCGAACGGAUCGAGGACGAAAAAGUGCUCGCCGCCGAUCCUUGUGUCAACGCGAUGGUUACUGAAACCGAAGAAGGAAAGAAAGUAGCACGAAACAAGGGAGACAAGUACUACGCUGUCUACAAGUAUCGAGACGAUCUGGUACAGAACGGGGAGAGAGAAUGGCAAAUGGAAAGUUUUUUCGAUACCUUCCCCGAGGAAUCGAAAGAGUAAGAAUGCAUCAGAGAAGGAAGAAAAAGGAUGUAUUYYAAAUUAGUUUUCUGACACCGUGAACACACGAUUACCAAUCCAACAUUGUUUCCUAUGAGAUAUAAACAUGUAAAUGAUAC